CGGGCGUCGGAGCAUAUAUCGAAUUUUGAUGGCAGAACGGGUGCUACGCUCCGGUUGCGAGCCCGCGGUUCUGUCUUUGCCCUCCGUCCCGACCAGCUUCGAGAUUGAUACCCUUUCUCGUGCCCUGACAGUCCACCCGAGCUCGUCGUCGAGCAGUCCAUUCCUUCACUGUCUCUCGUUUACGCCGUGCAGGUCCACUUGCCAUGGCCUAUCACCAGAGUCCCUACGACAACCACGGAGUCGCUCCUGACUACCCUCCGCCGCAAGGCUACUAUCAGGAAUACGACCAGUGGGAUGGCAAGUCGACGAAAUCCUACCAGAGUACCUUCGCUGGAUCCCAGGUACACCUCAACCCCAGCCAGCAUGAAAUGGCACAACUUCACAAUGGCGUCCCUGUCCCAACCAUGCCUUAUCAGCAGUCCUACCCGCCCAUUCAGCAACACCUUCGGCCCCAGAUGCCAAUAGGCUUGAGCUCUGGCUACACGGAUGCCCGCGAGAAGCUCAUGAAGCGGCGGUCGGUGCGCCAGAUCGAACUACAACAAGGAAACCUUGUGCUGGACGUGCAGGUUCCCACACACAUUGUCCCAGCUGGUAAGAACGAUGAAGAAAUGACGAAGAUGCGCUAUACCGCUGCAACUUGCGACCCGGACAACUUCAUGGCUUCCAAGUUCUCGUUGCGACCGUACCUGUACGGACGCCACACGGAACUUUUUGUCGUCAUGACCAUGUAUAACGAGGAUGAGAUCUUGUUCUGCCGCACCAUGAACGCCGUCAUCAAGAAUAUUGCCCAUCUAUGCAGCCGCAGCAAGUCGAGCAUGUGGGGGCCCGAAGGUUGGAAGAAGGUCGUCGUCUGUAUCGUCUCAGAUGGUCGAAGCAAGAUUAACAAGCGCACGCUGCAAGUGCUCACCCUCAUGGGAUGCUAUCAAGAAGGCGUAGCGAAAGACUCUGUCGGCGGAAAGGACGUUACUGCUCAUAUCUUCGAGUAUACGUCACAUGUCGUCGUGACGGACAGAGGAGAGGUGUCCCAAGGAGCGUGCCCAGUUCAGAUUAUAUUCUGCUUGAAGGAACAGAACAAGAAGAAGUUGAACAGUCACCGCUGGUUCUUCAAUGCUUUCGGUCCGCUCAUCAAGCCCAACGUUUGUAUUCUGCUCGAUGUUGGUACUAAGCCGACAGGAACAUCGAUCUACCAGCUUUGGAAAUGCUUCGACAAGCACAAGAACGUCGGCGGUGCCUGCGGAGAGAUCUGCGUUGACACAGGAAGAGCAUGUUCACUUCUCCUCACAAGUCCAUUGGCUGCUUCGCAGAAUUUUGAGUAUAAAAUGUCGAACAUAUUGGAUAAGCCACUUGAGAGUGUCUUUGGCUAUAUCAGUGUGCUUCCCGGUGCCUUCAGUGCGUAUCGCUACAAAGCACUGCUCAACGGGCCCGACGGCAAAGGACCCUUAGCAUCAUACUUCAAGGGUGAGGAAAUGCACGGGGGCUCUAGCAAGGCUGGCUUGUUCGAACGUAACAUGUACCUCGCUGAAGAUCGUAUUCUCUGUUUCGAGAUUGUCACGAAGAAGCGCGAAGCUUGGGUGUUGCGCUACGUGAAGAGUGCCAAAGCAUCCACCGACGUUCCUACCACUGUGAUAAUGUACUCACGCCUCGAAUUUCCACUGACUCCUGCGACAGUGAUGUAUGCCAUGUGCAAUUUGCACGACGUUACAUGGGGUACCAAAGGUGAUAACGGCGCCGUGAAGGACCUCGGCGGUGCCAAGAAGCUCAAGGACGCCAGCGGCAAGGAGGUCAUGGAGGUGGAGCUACCGACCGAACGCGAGGACGUUGACCAGGUCUGGAAUGCCUCGCGUCAGGCCCUCUCGCAGAGGCCUCCCGAAGAGAAAGAGCAUCGCGACGCCGCCACCAAGCAGGCUGACCGCGACCGGAAUAGCAGAACCAACGUCGUCCUCGCAUGGGUCGGAACUAACAUGUUCAUGAUUCUCGUGUUUACUUCUACCGCAUUCAUCAACUGGGUCGACAAACACGUUGCGAUCACCGACAACGCCACUUUCAAUCCGUACCUCUCAUUCCUGCUCUUUGCUAUGGCUGGUCUGUCCGCCGUGCGCUUCGUUGGCUCGACUAUCUAUCUGCUGCUUCGCCUAAUAGGCUUCUAGCAUCUCCGACAUCUGACCACUUCUAUAUUAUCAUGAUCGUUUUCCACUUUUGGUUCAGAGCCGGCUCUUUAGCAUUCGUCGCUGCUGGAAAGCACGUGUAAUUCUUACAGGACUGCAUUUUGUGCAAUUUACUUCUGCCUCAUAAAGAUGGCCAGCAUACAACUAUGCACGUUUGCGCGAAACUCCCACGCCACACCCAGCGGGGAGCAACAUAGAUUUU